CAUACUCAGUACUCACAAUAUUAUGAUGAAAUCUCCCACUACAACAUAGCCCCCCUCUCUCUCUCGGGGUAGCUUUUCUUGCAAUCCAAGGCUUGUUUGGGUUCAUAGUUUUAUACCCCAGCGCCCAUAACACUCAUAUCUGUCGACCCGCUCACCGGAAAAUGAGCUCCGUUUGCAUAUCUAGCUGUGUGAAUGAUGCCAGAGUCCCCGUCCGGGCAACCUACGUCAACCUCUACAAGUGGCCGGAGUCUGACGCCGAGUUCAUCAAAUCCGUGAGCUCAAACAGGCACCCAAGGGUGGUGGACAGCAUUUCAUGCAGGCAGAUGUACCUGAGGAGCUACACCUUUUCCAAGAAAGAGACUGUGCCCGAGAAGACGAUAAAGUGUUUUGGGAGGGUGAAGGAGAGGGUGGCUCACGGGAGGAGGAGAAAUAAGGGAGAAGAACUUCAUGGAAAGAGGUUCGUGGUGGUGAGGAAGGUGAAGGAGAUCUCCUGCAGUGCUCUGUACGCCAUAUUCAGGAGGUUGCUGUAUUGUACUACCACUGUGGAUGUUGUGGACAGUAGAGACCAGAAGUGUGAGUCUCUAUAGUCAUAUAUACAUCUGAUUAUAUCGGAUUUGGUGUUUUUCUUUUUAAUUUAUAUGAAGAGAUGGGUGUUGUGUUGUGCUGUCGUUUUGGGUUGUUUUUUACUGUAACAGAAUGAGGCCGGGGAGGAUUAGAAAGAAGAGGGCACAGGAACAUGUGGGUGAUGGGUCUUUGUACGCUUGCAUGUUUUGGAUUACAGUGAUGCCGAGGAAUAAUGUUAUUAAGACUUUGCCUAAAUGGGUUCUUCCCAUAUUUUCAUGUAUAGUACUGUCGAAUUAAUUUUCAUCCUCUCUUUCUGUUUAA